AUGUACUUGUGCAUCUUCUUAUUGCUGUUCGUCUAUCAAUGUCUCGCUUCGCAAGUCCAGCAGGUCCCUGUUGGGCCUCUUCCUCAAUGGCUAGCUCUCCAGGACGAUGAUGAUCCGCACCCAAAGCAACCAGGUUCUAGAGUGCCGGUACCUGCAUUGUACCACAAACGCUAUUCCGAGCAGACUUUCAUCGGAACUCAUGAUGCCGUAGCAAUACGCACAUCCGAGAACAACUGGUCAUUGAGUGGCAAUCAAUACUUCAACGUCUCAACGCAGCUGAAAGCUGGCGUUCGGUUCAUCCAGGCUCAAGGCCACAAUGACCCGAAUGGCAAAUCGGAGAUCCGCAUGUGCCACUUCAACUGCGCUCUCAUGGACGGUGGAAGUCUUCAUGAGCUUCUCGCGACAGUAAAGUCAUUCCUGGAUGAGAACCCUCGAGAAAUCGUAACGCUCAUGCUCGUGAACGUCGGCCCCCCUCUCGAGCACUGGGCCAGAGCCUACUACGACACCGGCCUGGACAUCAUGUCCUACAUACCAGCUCCAGAUAAGACCUUCGGCAACAUGAAAACUGGUGACUGGCCCACGAUAGUCGAGAUGGUGGAAACCAACAAGCGCCUUGUCUCAUUUCUCGACAAAGGCGCCGACGAGACUCAAGUCCCCUUCCUCCUCCGCGAGUUCAACUACAUGUUCGAAACAUCGUUCGUCAUCGACCACUCCUCCCAAUUCAGCUGCGAACCGUCUCGGCCUUGGUACAUCUAUGGCUAUAUCCCCGACCGACUAAGUCUGGUGAACCACUUCUUGUACGCGAGCUUCCUGGGCUUUCGAUAUCCCAAUGCUUCCUAUGCGAAUACGACGAAUGGUGCAGGGUUCAGAGAAGGAGAACUGGGAGAGCAUGCUGUGCGAUGUAGGUCGCUGUACGAGCGCCGGCCGAACUACCUGCUCGUUGACUUCUUCAACGAGGGCGAUGUGUUUGAUGUAGAGUAUGGAAUGAACGCAUACUGA